AUGACCCACUCCUCCUCCUUCCUCCUCCCGUCCCCGCCUCAUCCCCCGGCCGACGCAACCGACGCCGAGAACGCGGUCUCCUACGCCGUCGUCGUCCUCAACCAGCGCCUCCCGCGCUUCGCGCCCCUGCUCUGGACCCGAGCGCAGCUGCGGGUGUGCGCGGACGGCGGCGCCAACCGGGUCUUCGACGGCAUGCCGGAGCUGCUCCCGGCCGAGGACCCCGACGAGGUCCGCCUCAGGUACAAGCCCGACGCAAUCGAAGGAGAUAUGGAUUCUGUAAGGCCAGAAGUGAAGGAAUACUAUUCCAGUUUGGGUACCCAAAUAAUCGAUGAUUCACAUGAUCAGGACACCACAGACUUGAACAAGUGCAUAUCGUUCAUCACCAAAAAUCCGCCUGGGCCAGACAAUUCUAAUCUUUGCAUUCUUGUUCUUGGUGCGCUUGGAGGAAGGUUCGAUCACGAGAUGGGGAACAUCAACGUACUGUAUCGCUUCUCAAACACCAGGAUCAUCCUCCUGUCAGACGACUCCUCGAUCUUCCUGCUCCCAAGGACGCACAGUCACGAGAUCCGCAUCGAGCGGUCGAUCGAGGGUCCUCAUUGCGGGCUGAUCCCCAUGGGUGCGCCAUCAAACAGCAGCACCACCACCGGUCUGCGAUGGAACCUAGAUAGUACCAGCAUGAAGUAUGGUGGAUUAAUGAGCACAUCAAACAUUGUGGAGGACGAGAUUGUAACGGUCACUUCGGAUUCUGAUUUGAUUUGGACAAUAUCUCUUCGGAAACACGCUUAA